AUGGCAAAAAGAAAGUACAUGUCCAAAGUUGAUGGAAAAAUAAAUGUUGGAGAAAAGCAUCAAGCUAAAAUUCCAGAUUUAGUUGUGACAGAUGAAAAUGGAAAUGAUGUAAUAAACAAUGAAAUUCAUGAAAAUGGAAAUGAUGAUAUUGUAAAUGAUAUUAGAGGAAAUAAAAAAGCUAGAAUUGAAGAUGAUGUUGUUUCUAACGGAGAAGGAAGUAGAAGAGGUGAUAUCAUAAAUGAUGAAGUAGAAUCCGAAAUUGUAGAUGCAUCAUCAUCAUCAGUUGCUGUGAAUGAAAAUACUGAGAAUGAUAUUAUCUCAUCAAAUGAUAACAAAAAUGAAGAUGCAGCAGAAACUACGCAGGAUACCAAUGUAGAAGAGACAAUGACUAAUGACAUUACUGAAAAUGCAAAUACUUUAAAUGGUGACAACCAGGAGGAUGCUGUAGAUAACAAUUCCACAAAAGAGCCUGAACCUGAGGGAAAUACAAAUCUAGAAGAAGCAGUAGCAUCUGCUGAAAAUGACGCAACUGCUGAAACUGCUGAAACUGCUGAAACUGCCGAAACUGUCGAAACUGCUGAAAUUGCCGAAACUGCAGAAACUGCUGCAACUGCAGAAGAGGAAAAGAACGAAGAAAAUAACUAA